AUGACAAACUCUACACGAGUUUCAUAUUUCACUUUUACUGCCUAUUUUGAUUUAGGACUUUUUAAAUACUUAUUUUUCAUGAUUAUUAUGUGUUUUUAUAUUGUAAUUCUUUGUGCCAAUCUUCUGCUCAUUGUGGUUAUCUGUCUGAACAGAAGCUUACAUGAACCUAUGUACCUUUUUCUGUGCAGCCUGUUUGUAAAUGAGCUGUGUGGUAGUACAGGGUUGUUUCCAUUCCUUCUGCUUCAGAUUCUCUCUGACAUUCACACUGUUUCUGCUCCCUUUUGCUACCUGCAGAUUUUCUGUUUGUAUACAUAUGCUAAUGUACAGUUCUAUAACUUAGCCAUCAUGUCUUAUGACAGAUAUCUAGCUAUCUGUUAUCCUCUACAAUAUAACACACGUAUGACAUCUAACAAGGUUUCCAUGCUUAUUGCUGUAACGUGGUUAUUCCCUCUUCUACAUGUUGUUGUCAUGAUAUCAUUGAACACUUCUUUGCAGCUGUGCAGUAACAUUAUAGACAGAUUAUACUGUGACAAUUACUCUAUUGUGAAAUUGGCAUGCUAUUCCACUACAGUCAAUAAUGUGUAUGGACUCGCUUACACUUUCACUGUAUUAAUUGUUCUUACAAUAUUAAUCUUUUACACUUACAUGAGGAUUCUUAAAGUUUGUUUUUGUGGUUCUAAACAGACCAGACAAAAAGCUGUCAGUACCUGCACUCCUCACCUUGCUUCUCUGCUCAACUUUGCUUUUGGUUGUUUCUUUGAAGUAUUACAGAGCAGGUUUAAUAUGAGCAGUGUGCCCAUAGUGUUGCGAGUUAUUUUAUCUUUAUACUUUCUCACUUGUCAACCGCUCUUUAACCCUCUACUAUAUGGACUGAAUUUAAAAAAGGUCCGCAUGAUAUGCAAAAGUCUUUUCUUUGGUAAAAUUUAA